GCCAACAACUGGCUGGCUUUCCACGUUGGGAAAAUUGCUUGGAUUACCCAACUGGGAGCGAGGAAGGGGGAAUAGCAGAAGCGCCGCCCCUAAAAUACCUGAGCGGCCUUACCGCUGUAGCUUGCAUUGCAUUGUAUUAUAUUGCAUUGCUUCGUGGAACAGAACUGGGCGAGGCCGAAGAAGAAGAUCUCUGCUCACGGAGGCUGGUGUGAUCUCUCGAGAUGGCAGCGCAGUGUGUAACAAAGGUGGAGCUGACUGUUUCUUGUAACAAUCUCCUAGACAAAGAUAUUAGCUCCAAGUCAGACCCUCUUUGUGUGCUACUUCAAUACACAAGUGGACAGCAGUGGUAUGAGGUUGAUCGCACAGAAAGGAUCAAAAACAGUUUGAACCCUAAAUUUUCCAGGAAAUUCCAGAUUGAUUACUAUUUUGAACUAGUUCAGAAACUCAAAUUUGGGAUUUUUGACAUUGACAAUACAACUGUUCAGCUGAACGAUGAUGACUUCUUAGGAGAAUUUGAAUGCACACUGGGACAGAUUGUUUCUAGCAAGACGCUUACUAGACCUUUAUUGUUAAGAAAUGGCAAACCUGCAGGAAAAGGUGUAAUUACGAUUAGUGCAGAAGAAAUAAAAGACAACCGUGUAGUCCUACUUGAAGUUGAAGCAAGGAAACUGGACAAUAAGGAUUUCUUUGGAAAAUCCGAUCCUUAUUUGGAAUUUCACAAGCAAACAUCUGAAGGAAAAUGGGUGAUGGUCCAUAGAACGGAAGUUGUUAAAAAUAAUUUGAAUCCUGUCUGGAGGCCAUUCAAAAUCUCCCUCAACUCUUUGUGUUAUGGUGACAUGGACAAAGCAAUCAAGGUUGAGUGCUAUGAUUACGAUAAUGAUGGAUCGCAUGAUCUCAUAGGGACGUUUCAAGCUACAAUGUCUAAACUGAAGGAAGCCUCUCGACAUUCACCAAUUGAAUUUGAAUGCAUCAAUGAAAAAAAGAGGCAGAAAAAGAAAAGCUACAAAAACUCAGGGAUUGUGAGCUUUAAACACUGUGAGGUCAUCACAGAGUGUACUUUCCUUGACUACGUCAUGGGGGGAUGCCAGUUGAAUUUUACUGUUGGCAUUGAUUUUACUGGAUCUAAUGGAGAUCCUCGUUCUUCAGACUCCUUACAUUACAUCAGCCCCAAUGGAGUGAAUGAAUACUUGUCAGCCAUUUGGUCUGUAGGAAUGGUCAUUCAGGAUUAUGAUACAGAUAAGAUGUUUCCAGCUUUUGGGUUUGGUGCUCAAAUCUCCCCUUCAUGGCAGGUGUCGCAUGAAUUCCCGUUGAACUUUAACCCAUCGAACCCCUUCUGCAGUGGGGUCCAGGGUAUUGUGGAUGCCUAUCGGGUCUGCCUUCCUCAAAUAAGAUUGUAUGGGCCCACCAACUUCUCUCCAAUUAUCAAUCAUGUAGCUAGAUUUGCUGCUGCAGCUUCACAGCAGAGAACAGCCUCACAAUAUUUUAUACUCCUGAUAAUCACGGAUGGGGUGAUAACAGACCUUGAUGAAACCAGAUCUGCUAUUGUCAGUGCCUCUAAGCUUCCAAUGUCCAUCAUUAUUGUUGGUGUUGGAGGUGCUGAUUUCAGUGCCAUGGAAUUUCUGGACAGUGACAGUGGAGCUUUGAGAUCACGUUCAGGAGAAGCUGCUAUUCGAGACAUUGUCCAAUUUGUGCCAUUUAGACAGUUCCACAAUGCUCCCAAGGAAGCUCUUGCUCAAAGUGUCCUGGCAGAGGUGCCACAGCAAGUUGUGAGCUAUUUCAGCAUGUGCAAGUUGCAACCACCAAACAAGCCUACAGCCAAGCAAGAACAGCAGAAGCAAGCAUGAAUCACUCUGUGGGAAGUUUCGGUGCUUCCUGUCUGUGGUGUCCCUUGAUUGUGAUGCAUAAUAAAAGCCUUUUCAUACAUUUUACAGAAAAGGUGCCAUGCUAUGAUAGCCUUUCCCUUUCUUGUUGUGAGUUGCCAAAGAUGCUCUAUGUUUAACCCCAUUGCAAGUGAGAUUGGAAAAGCAUAUAUAUAUAUUUACUCUUUUGUCAGACUUCAGAACGAUUAAGACCAGAGUGUUGAGUUAAGGUUAUCUAAAUAUCUUUCUUCAUCCCUUCUCUGUGGUGUCUGCCCUUCUAUUUCUGAACAUUUGCAAUUUGAUGAAACAGUAAACAUUUGAACAUGAUUAUUAUCUGGAGACUGCAACGGAAUUAUAUUACAAUUUACAGCUUACAUUGUACUAUUAAAUCAAGGUGGCAUCUGACUGUGAUACAUAGUUGCCAACAGUUUGUGUCUUUCUGUUCCACAUAAAGGAUAUAAAUAGGAUUGGGAUUGAUUUUGUUGCUUAUUUUAUCACAAACCAAUUUGACUUUUGAGAAAUAUAAUUGUGUAAAAUAAGAACAUGGACAUAGAAGCUAUAUAUGUGUGUGUGCCUGGGGAAGCUUACCUGUUUUAUAGCUGUAUAUUCAGAGAUUUCUAUGUGCUGGAGAAUCUGUAUUUUAAUAUUUCAUAAAUGGUUUCCCUAUGGCUAGAGCUAGUUCCAGGAUACCUUAUCACUUUCAUUCAGUAGUAUAAACUGAGGUUUUUCCCACAGCUGAUUUAGAGAAGCUAGAGAGUGUAAAUUUUCAUUUUAGCACAAUGCCCAUGGAUUAGAUUAUCUUGUUCUGUAUAUUUUUUCAGGUCCUCUGCUCUUUGGGAGAUUUUUGCAUUUAUUUAGUGACAGCUAGUGAGUUUGUGAUUGUGUUUCAUCUGCUUCCAGCAUUUUUUUUCUUCAUCCCAACUACAUGCUGUUUAGUAAUCUAAAAGUUUUUGACAUAUUUUCUUGCUGUUUGUUCAGUAAGAAAGUAGUGUACAUAACUUCUGUUCUUCUGUGUGUAUAUGCUAAGUGAAAUGAAAUUGGACUGAACUCUCUGAAAAGGAUUGUUAAUUGAACAGCAUAAAUUAUGUAGGCCCAUAUCAAAAGGGGAAAAUGAAAAAUCAGUGUUAAUAGCAUAGAAUCUGAUAGGUAUGUACUUUUCUAGGAAAGUGAAAGCUACCAGCCUUCUGUCCUGCAGCUUUGCAUUACAAUCAUAUUAAAAUGGAAACUAUCUGCAGCUUAUAUGUCCAACUAAUGCCAUAUUUAGAACUAUCCAUGUAUUUAGAAUAUCAUCUAUUCAUCUAAUUAAAGAUAUUUUAUUAGGAAUAUUCUAUGAUGCGCAAAUCUUAAGCGGAUCUCUUUUAGCAUCCUAUUGGAAAACUUUUUUUCUUCAUUUCGUGCAUAUGUAUAGGUGACUAUUUAUUUAGAUCAGGGAUUUGUUGCUAGUCGUUCAGUAAAAAAAAAAACUAGAUGCCUGGAAUGUGUAAAUGUAUUGUGUAAUGGUAUACUUUGUGAAUAUUACUAUAUUGCAACCAGUUUGCAUCAAAGGUUUAUUGUGUUGGAGUCCAAGUAUUUCAGGAUCAAAAAAUACAAAAGCUAUAUUUUGUAAACUCUUGAGAUAUUUGCUAUGAGCUCUUGUAAGAAAGACUGAAAUUUUAUUUUUGCACUUUGUUAUUACCUUAUACUGUAUUUUCUUACAACAAAAGGGAUAUUGCAAUAUCUCAAACAGGGGCCACUUCCUGCAUACUUUUCACUCCCUUCAACAUAUGAUCUUAAGUCCAUAUGCCAAGCUAUGCAACUUUUUUAAUAGAUUAUUUUUUUAAUUGAAAAAAAGUUUGCCUUCUAGACCAUGAUAUUUUGUGAGUAGACUUGCCCACUCUGGCAGCCUUUGUUCAUAAAAUUCAACAGGUUCUCAGUAUUCCAAAAAUUACUGCGUUGAACUUUUCCUAUCUUGAAAAAGGAUAGCAUAGCCUACAGCUGUGCAACUGAAUCCAGAGGAGCUAGGCAACUUCUACAUCUAAUGCAUUGCAUUUCUUAAAAAACAAAUAUGAUUAGAUCUACAACCAUAAAAUAUAAAUAAAAUAUUUGCUUAGUAAUACUUUUUAGUGCUUUACUUAAAAGUAAUACCUUUUCUAAUCUAUGUUUUCAGCAUAAUUUUUCUAGUCAGUUGCUAGCACCACCUUGUGAUGGAAUUUGAUAUUGGCUUAUUUGUACCAAUUCUUUUUUUUUUUUUUAAUUUUUCCUGUUUGAUAUUUCUGUCAUAAAUCUGUAUUUUGCUUUGAAAGUACAGUAUCAUAUAUGGCUUGCACUGUAUUUUCACUUGUUGCUUAUGCAUCGGAGACAGAUUUCCUUGUGUGUCCAAUCACACUUGGCCAAUAAAGAAUUCUAUUCUAUUCUAUUCUAUUCUAUUCUAUUCUAUUCUAUUCUAUUCUAUUCUAUUCUAUUCUAUUCUAUUCUAUUCUAUUCUAUUCUUUAUCGUAUUUUCUAAAUAAUGCUGUUUUGUAUGUGAUAUUGAAUCUGACUUUGAAUGUGACAUGGCAUAUUUUAGUGGCAUAUAAACCAAAUUUGUUAUAUCCCAA